CAAACUAAGGUUCAACAGUAUUUAACCACAAUAUCUUAACGACAAUGAAAUGUAAAUUAUUUCAAAAAAUGUAUUUCUAUGACGUAUGCAAAAAUACUUGUUCUUAGUAUUCAAUUUAUUGGAAAGAAAACAAUACAUAUAGUUUAAUUACUCGGCCCUCGAGCUCUUACAACACGGAUAUUAUUACAAGCGCCAAUAAUUGCUGCGCAUUAUCUGAAUGAUUUCAUUUUGUGAUUCUACUGCCGGACGACCCGGAUUGUUUGUGGAUAUUUCAGAAACAAAUUCUUUUCAAGGCUGACAAAUGCGUCUUUGAUAAGGUUAAAACAUUUGAUAUGGAGGUGGCAGGACGUAAGGAGAGCAGUGAAGAUAAGGUCAAGCAAAAAUGCCAACCCUGCCAAGACGAAAAUGUUCUUCAUGAAGCUUACGGAUAUUGCAAAACAUGUGGAGAAUACUUGUGUGAUGCUUGCUACAAAUAUCAUCGUCGACCAAAACCUUUUAAAGACCACGUUCUUGUUGAAUACAAGACCAUUAUGUCAAAAGACAGAGCCCCUACGCCUCCAGACUCAGAUAAACAUAAGGUUUCAGAUGACCAGGUUCUGCAGCAAGGUGAAAAUAAUGAUAAAUGCAAGACAAAGAAAGCACCCCCACCAGUUCCUAAGAGAAGGACGGUAUGCAAUACAAAAUGUUCUGUUCACCCUUCAGAAGAUCUAAAAUAUCAUUGCAAAACUCAUAAAAUAAUUGUAUGUAGCGAAUGUGCUUUAAAAGAACAUAGACAAUGUGACGAGCUGGAUAACAUUCAUGACAUUUAUGAUUCUGAAAGUAAACGCAUUGUUUCAAAAAUCAAAUAUGUAGAAGAUAAAGCAGCGUAUAUAAUAAAGCAAGAAACAAAUGCCAACGAAGGAGCUGACGUAUCGUAUGAGGAGGUUUUGUCACAAAUUCGUUUAGAUAGAGAGCAAGUUAACAACUAUUUUGACGAGACAGAAAAGAGCUUAAACAAUGAGGUUUAUAGAUUUCGAGAGGAAAGCGAGAAUAGGCAGACGGAGAUGCUCGAUAUAUGUCAGAAACUUAAAAAGAAAAAAGACUUAAUAAGGGAUACCAAUGUAUCAGAAAUUGAGAGAUACAUAUCAAUGACCGAAGGAGAGUGCGAAGUAGACAACAUAAACAGAGAUCUCAAGGGAGUUUUCGGUCUGCCGCGUUUACGUGUUUCUUAUAAAUCACAGUACCAAAUGCUUGAUUCGGGAAACUUGGUUGCCGAGAAACAUCAAAGGGAAAUUGGUAGACGUAAACUUAAGCUUCAAAAAAAGAUAAAUAUAGCAGGGGGAAAGCAGUCGUGUGCCAUAACUGAUAUAGCAACACCAUCAAAUGAAACAUUUCCAGUGAUACUUGUAGAUUGUGUAAACCAAAGACUGAUUAUCAUUUCCGAUGAAUAUUCACCGAUAUAUCACCAGCUUCAAUGGAGGCCUUGGGGAAUCACAUUUAUUAGCUAUAUUAGUCAAAAUGGUGAAAUAGCAAUUACUUUUCCACAAGAAAACAGGAUAUCAUUGUUGACUAUCGGUAAAAAUAUUUCUGAAAGUAAGCGUUCAUGUAUAAAAGUAAAGAGUCCUGCUGGAAUCAGAUACCAUAAGUCUGAAAAUGUGAUGAUAGUUGUCACAGAUUUUAUCAAUGCUAGCAUUCAGUGUUGGUCGCUAAACGGUCAUUUGGUGAGAACCAUUGCUUCUUUCGAUUACAACAUUGACAGAAUAAACCUUACAAAUGAUGAUCAAAUCAUUUUUGUUUCUCACACAAAGCACUGCAUACAGUCGUGUGAUAUGUCUGGCAAAGUUUUAAGAUAUUUUCCAUAUAUAGAUGACAGUAUGUGUGGACCAUAUGGUAUAGCGUCUGAUCAAAGUCAGACAAUCUAUGUAUGUGGAUUCAAAUGCUUGCGUGGGGUUUCAAGAGAAGGGGAAUGGAAUGAACUUCUGACAAGAGAUGACGGAUUUGAACCACAAUCACUUCUUGUCAGCAACGGGUCAGAUAGGCUUUACGUUGGACAAACAAGAAAAUCUUGGAGUGCUGAUAAUGAAUUUCUUAUUUUUGAAUUAUGAAAAAAUUAUGACAAACUAAGACAUUGAAAAAGCUAUCCAAAUGUAAUGGUGGCUAGAUUUUGCUUUCUAAUUAUAAAUCUGCUGACCUUUAAUAUUAAAGGAGCAAUAAGCAAGUGAAUAGUUUUAAUCUUUUUGUAAGAAAUGCAGAUAUGUUAAGGCUGUGAUGAUGUAUUUAUAACAUUUCGUGUUAUUAUCAAAAACUUGUUUAAUGCGAAAUAUUGUAAAGAAAAUAAAAGGUACUCAGGGCUUUUAACUUAAAGAAAGUUUAACAAUCUAUUUGAAUUUUGUUACAUUAUUUAAGUUGGUAUGAGCCAAUUGGAUAAGAUGGUGUUUCAAGUUAAACUUAACAUUGCUAGCAGAUGAUCAUUAAAAUAAAUAAGAGUUUAAAUUCUACCUGUUAGGACCACGUUUCUUAAAGGAACUUGUUAAUGAUGCAAAAUUGUCAAUUCAAUUAUUUGUAAGUAAAUUAAAGUAACAGUAGGUAAACGGUUCAGCAUUUAAUGGAGGGACACCAACAUAGACUUUAAUGUUUUACUGUUAUGAUUGUUUAAUGGGAAGAUGGUUGUCAAAUGUGAUUUUUAUCUGAUCAUGUCUUUGCAUAUGUGGUAUUCGCCUGAUACCGUUUGUGAAAACUUAAAAGACUUUUAUAUUAUGUUUAAAACAAUGGGUCAUCGAUAGGUUUGUUCAAGGGCUGCAUGUUAAAAAAAGGAAAACAGUCUAUAAGAAGUAUAUAAUCAUGUUAAAAUUGAUUUUGAGUAUGCAAAGUACAUUUUGUGUACUAGAAUAUUUUACCUUCUUUCAGAUGUUAUUUAACACAAUUAAGGUUAUCUUCAUAUCUUUUGAAAAUUCAAACAGGUCGAUACGGUACCCAGAGAAUUGAGAGAGAAAUCAACGUUAUUUUAUAUACUGUGAUAAGCACGACAGUGAAGACGAAUGUCAUUUUUAUUUUUAUUUGCCCAUGUUAUAUUGAUUAAAGGAAAUUGUACAUAAAAAGUAUUAUUUUGUUAAACCAAUCAUGUUUUAAAAGUGAUAAAGGAACAAAUCCCACAAAUGUAGCAAUUAAACUUAAUAUGACAUUAUAGAGCAUAUGCUAAACAUAUUUCAUUCCAUCUUCUUAGAAUAGAAAAUAAUGAAUAUUGGAUGUAUAAAAUGUCAUGUAAUUGUAUUAAAUGUAAAUGCGUUAAUGUAUGUGGUAUUGCGAUUCGAUACUUAUAAACGAUGGUUUAUCAUGUGACUGAAAUUUAUUAAAUUUAAAUGUAUCAAGUUUGUAAAUAUGUUACGAUGAUAUACCUGUGGUACAAAUCUAAUGAAAAAUAUAUGUUCUGUUCUGAUUAUAAUAGAUAUUAACUGUCGAAUUCUCCAGAUGUACUGUUUGUAUAAUGCUACACUGAAAUACAAUAAUAGUAAUCACUAAAGUCAAUGAUUAUGCUUGUAAGGUUAUGCAUUCAUUCUUCCAUUUAUUCAUUUUUAUUGGUCAGAAGAAAAAGACAUUAUCAUGGACGCGGAAUCCGGUUUCAAAUCAAAGUACUAUACCAUAUACUAAUAGAUAGGUCGUCCUCAUGGACAUGGAGUCGACGGCAUGCUAUUACAAAUAUUUAGUUCCAUGUAUAAGAUUGUAAAAUCUUGUGUAUAAAGAAAAUUCUUAACAGACUUUUAAAGACAUGAAGGUGAAUAAGUAACUUACGUCUGUAUGUAGAAUCAGGUCGAUUUCUACUGAUAAUAAAAUUUGAAUCGCAGUGAUAAAAUACAUGUAUUUUCUGAUACUGUGCUGAAAAAUAGAGAAUUGCAUUUUAAAUACAAUACUAUCACGGCCGUUGGCAUUUAACUAACAGUUCAAACAAUGGAAUUGAUAACAUGUGAUAGACUUGUUAAACGUAAGUGAAUGUAACGGAGUCUUGAUGUUUCCAUAUUUUGUUAAAAUUAAUACUCGGACUCGUUUAUAGUAUACAGAAAGAGACAUGCUGAAGUGUUCAGUUUAUAAGAAAUUGAAAAAUGUGUUUGAAAAGUCAAGAUAUGUAUUAUUUUGAAUAAUUUAAAGUACAGAUGCGUUAUCACAAAAAUCGGUGAAGGGAAGGAAGACACUCAUUCAAUCCAAUUCCAAGAAAUAAAAGGAAAUGUAUAUCAUUAUAUUGUGACAUCAUCGACAUAGAAGAAGAGUUAUAGUUAUCCUUAUGUUAUGUUAUGUUAUCCAAUAACUAUCUUGUAUUUUUCGUAAAAGAGAGAAUAUGACUGGAUGCGACUCUUAUGUAUCAUUUAAGUGAUUAGCCUGCCCAUGCUCUGCCAUGUGCCCUGUCCUGGUUUUGUUUG